AUGACAAAUCCGAAAAAAGAACUUACUGUCGCAUGUAGUUAUCUAUUACGUUUAAUGAAAGCACAUGUUAAAUUAUCACAGGAACAGAUCAAUGUUUUUAAACGAACGUUUUAUGAUAUAUUAUCAAAACGUUUUAUUGGACAUUGGUUUCCUGCAACACCACAUCGUGGAAGUGCAUAUAGAUGUUUACAAACAAAACAUUGGAAAGAUCCAGUUCUUAGAUCAAUUGCUGAACGUUCUUGUAUACCACUUCAUCAAUAUCUACCAGUCAUAUUCACUAUGUGGAUUGAUCCAGGUGAGGUAGCCGUUUGCUUUGGUGAUGAAGGUACAUGGUGUCCAUUAUAUAAACAUGAUAUAGAUGGUAAAAUACAACAAACAUAUAGUGAUGGAGAAGAAACAGUUUCAUCAUCAGUAUCUGAUGAUGAUUUAUUAAGUUUAACACAAAAUGUUAAAACAUUAAAUAUAAAUAACAAACAUGUUCCAUCAAAUACAUUAACAACACAGAUAAUAGAUAAUCGUCCAUCAUCAUCAUCUUCAUUAUUAGCAUCUAGUAAUCGAAUAUCAAAUGUCUUUUUAAAUACAAUUUCAACAAAUAUGAAUGCACAGAUACAAAAUUUUACUGAUUGUAAUUAUUCAAUGGCAAAUGAUUGGAAUGUACAACAAAACAAUUUCUGGUCACAACAACAAUUUACUAUGUCAGAUGGACUUUAUCAAGGAGAAAAUUUUUAA